AUGUUAUCUCUCUCGAUCUUUUCACUUUUUCUUUUCUUUGACUUGACCUGUUUUCUGUCUCUCUUCAAAAUCAUUAUUUCUGUUUCUCUCUUCCUUUUGUUUUUUUCUCCUUUUUUCAUCCCUUUCUCUCUUUUUCUUUCUCACCACAGCUUUCUCUCUAUUUCUUUUCUUUUAUUCCCUCUGCCUUCUCUUUUUCUUUUUCUCUUUCUUUGUUUAUAUGCUUCGACUGUUUUCUGUUUCCUUCGUUUUUAUUUCCUCUCCGUUUCUCCCUUAUCUCUUUUUAUUCUUUCCUUCUUUUUCCUUUUUCUAACCUAUUUCUUUUUUUUAUAUUUUAAUCAUUUCUCUUUCUUUUUUUCUUCUAUUUCUUGUUUUUUUCUUCUCUUUCAUUUCUCAUACAUUUUCUUCUACCUCCUCCUCUUUUCUUUUCUUUUAUUUAUUUGUUUCUUUAUCGUUUUCCUUGUCCUUAUUUUCUUUCUUUAUUUUCUCUCUUGCUCAGUCUGUUACUCCGUCUUUGUCUACAUAUACACUUUUUGCUUUUCUAUGUUUCGCCAUGUUUUUUUUCAUUCUUCUUUUCCUGUUAUCUUUUCACCUGUUCGUUCCUUUGCCACAACAAAGGUUGUCAAAAUGCUUGUAUUCGAUAGACUGGUUACAGCGGAAGUCGGAUACAAUCUCUAUCUAUCUGUCUGUCUGUCUGUCUCUCUCAAUCUCUCUCAAUCUCUCUCAAUCUCUCUCUCUCUCUCUCUCUCUCUUGGAAGUUAA